UGGCCCCUUUCCUUUCCCUGCUCCAGAGAGCCCUUCCCACAGCCAUCGGCCUCAGGGCUCCAUCCAAGGGAUGGGGAUGCUGCUGCCUGCACAGGCUGAGGUGUGAGACCCUCCGCACGGCGAGUGAGGAGCGGGGUCAGGACACCUCUCGGCAUGGCUGAGGGAGCCCUCAGCACACAGCUUUAGCCCUCAAGGGGUGGCCUUCUGCCCCCUGGGAGAGCUGCCACCAGACAAGGCACCUUCUUGGCUUCUUUGCCACCAAGCCCCAAUCCUGAACAGCGGGGCGGCCACCAAGCAAGUGGAGACGGGGACAUCUUCCUGGCUGUGCCCAGGCUAUGUGCCAGAGGAGGUGACCCUGGCUGCCCCAGACACUGAGCAGCAGGGCGGAGGCGAGAUGGGGGUCACGGGCAGGGAGCAGGAGUCCUGAGCCAUCGCUCACACGGAGCCUCUAGGCAGCCACGGACUCCGGCUUGGAUCCUCGUGGCUUGGACAUGCCUGGGAUUUUCUGACCUCUGCCAGAUUCGGGACACGCUCCAAGGACAUGGGAUUCCAGGUUUAUCUUCUGCUUCUCCUCCCAUGGCUGGCAGGGGCCGUCCUGGACAUCACUCUGAUCGCCAACGUGCAGAGCCUGUCCCACUCCGACUUCUACCUCUCCUGCAUCAUGGGGGAACGGGAUGUGAGCUACCUGCAGAUCGAGAGGGAGAACAAGAUCGUGAUGACGCACCCCAAGACAGGCUUCCAAAACUACCGCAACCGCAGCAACUAUGUCCAGGCCAGAGGUUUCUCCAUGGCUGACCUGGUGGGGAUCCUCUACUGCCUGGGGCGCACCCCCACCGAGCAGGGCCAGGUGGUCUACGUGCACAACAGCCACAAUGCCCACCUUUUCCCAGUGAAGGCCACACAGUCUGUGAACAUCGCUGAGCCAGCCACCUUCUCUGCCAGGGUCCUCAAGAGAAAGGAGACAGACGUUAUGUGGAAAAGAAAUGGCACCUACUACCAGACCACAGACCGGGGCGAGGUGCGGGGCAAUCUUGUCACCCUGACGCUCCCCAACGUCAGCGUGAGCGAAAACGGUGUCUACAGUGCCACGUUCAUGGGGGACAGCCCUCUGUGGAGUGCCUUUUACCGCCUGAUUGUGAGAGCCUGUCCCGCGAAGAAAUGGGGACCAUCCUGUGAGAAGGACUGUCCCAACUGUCUGAAUGGUGGUGUCUGCCAUGACCACGUUGGUGAAUGCAUCUGCCCCCCCGGGUUCAUGGGCACCCGCUGCGAGCGAGCCUGCCGGGAAGGCCAGUUUGGCCGCAACUGCCAGGAGACAUGCCAGAGAGCCCAGGGCUGCAAGGGAUUGAGCUUCUGCCUGCCAGACCCCUACGGCUGCUCCUGCGCCUCAGGCUGGAGUGGCUCCCGCUGCAACCAAGCCUGUCCCCCCGGAUUCUAUGGCCCCGACUGCGCCCUGGCAUGCGCCUGCCGAAACGGAGGCAGCUGUAACCGCUUCAGUGGCUGUGUCUGCCCGGCGGGCUGGCACGGGCAGCACUGUGAGAAGUCAGACCGGUACCCCCAGAUCAUCCAACUGGCCUCAGAGCUAGAGUUCAACCUGGGCUCAGAACCCAUUGUCAGCUGCGUGGCCACUGGCAACCCACUUCCCGCCAGCGACAGCGUGGAGCUGCGCAAGGCUGAUGGCACCGUGCUCAAGCUCAUCAAAGCCAUCAUCGAGCCGGGACAGAUCACCUGCGAGUUUCAGGUACAGCACCUGACGAAAGCAGACACAGGGCUCUGGGAGUGCCGCGUCUCCACACCCGGGGGCCAGGACAGCCGGAAAGUCAAGGUCAAUAUCCGAGUGCCACCAGCGCCCCUGACCCCGCCCCGGCUGCUGGCCAAGCAGAGCCGCCAGCUCGUGGUGUCACCCGUGGACUGCUUCUCUGGUGACGGACCCAUCACCUCCAUCAAGCUACUCUACAAGCCCAAGGACGACAACUCAGCGUGGUCAUCCAUUGUGGUCGACAACAGCGAGAACAUCACCCUCAUGAACCUCAGGCCAGUGACCGCCUACAUUGUGAAGGUGCAGCUGAGCCGGCCAGGGGAUGGUGGGGAGGGCAGCAAAGGGCCCGAGGCUGUCAUGGUGACCGAGUGCCUUGAGCCCACAGUCAAGCCUGUGAUAGAAGGUUGGUCCAUAGAGGAGAAAAACACACUACACGUUACCUGGAAAUUGCCAAGUAACCACGAGCCAGCACAUGGGUUCAUCGUCCACCUCUUUGACUCCGCAAGGCAUCUGGUCUCUGAGAAAAACAUCACAUCCAUCUCCGUGCUGUCUGCCCGCAUCGGAGACCUGGAGUUCAAUAAGGAAUACGGGCUGGAGGUGCUGGUGUACCACUGCACCAGCCUGGGACCCCCUUCUGACCUCUACAAGGUCAUGAUCAAUAGCAAAGGGCCCUCCUCACCACGGUUGCUCUCAGCAGAGUCCGUGUCCAGCACCGCUGUCAGGCUCUCCUGGCAGGUCCCUGAGUACCCCAACGGGGGCAUCACCAAGUACAUUGUGGAGCUGCAGCAGGUGGGGGGUACCAGCGAGCCCCAGUGGAUCGACACCGACAGUGGCACUGAGACCACCAAGAUCGUCAGGGGCCUCAAUGCCAGCACCACCUACCAGUUUCGUGUCCGAGCCAACUCCCAUGUCCCAGGGGAAUGGAGCCAGCCCGUGAAAGCCAAGACCCUGGGGGACGGAGCGCUAAGCGUGCCACCCAGCCUGGGCAGCCAGAGCACCGAGCAGGCAGGAAUAGACCAGCAGCUGCUCUUGGCCAUCAUUGGCUCCGUGUCCGUCACCUGCUUCACCAUCCUCUUUGCCCUUCUGGCACUUUUCCUCAUCAAGAAGAAUUUUUUCCACCGGCGCCGCACUUUUACGUACCAGUCUGGCUCGGGGGAAGAGACCAUCCUGCAGUUCAAUUCGGGAACCCUGACCCUGACCCGACGGCCCAAACCACAGCCUGAGCCGCUCAGCUACCCCAUCCUGGAGUGGGAAGACAUCAAGUUUGAGGACAUGAUAGGGGAGGGGAACUUCGGGCAGGUCAUCAGAGCCAUGAUCAAAAAGGAUGGCCUGAAAAUGAAUGCAGCCAUAAAGAUGCUGAAAGAAUUUGCUUCAGAGAACGACCAUCGGGACUUUGCCGGGGAGCUGGAGGUGCUGUGCAAACUGGGCCAUCACCCCAACAUCAUCAACUUGCUGGGUGCUUGUGAGAACAAGGGCUACCUGUACAUCGCCAUUGAGUAUGCUCCUUAUGGAAACCUCCUUGACUUCCUCCGCAAAAGCCGAGUCUUGGAGACAGACCCAGCCUUUGCCAAGGAGCACGGCACUGCCUCCACCCUCACCUCCCAGCAGCUCCUCCAGUUUGCUUCAGAUGUAGCAAAGGGGAUGCAGUACCUGAGUGAGAAGCAGUUCAUUCACAGGGACCUGGCAGCCAGGAAUAUUCUAGUGGGAGAAAAUCUGGCCUCAAAAAUUGCUGACUUUGGCCUCUCCAGAGGCGAGGAGGUCUAUGUGAAGAAGACAAUGGGCCGCUUGCCGGUUCGCUGGAUGGCCAUCGAGUCCCUGAACUAUAGCGUGUACACCACCAAGAGCGAUGUGUGGUCAUUUGGUGUACUGCUCUGGGAGAUCGUCAGUUUGGGGGGGACACCGUACUGCGGGAUGACGUGUGCUGAGCUCUACGAGAAGCUGCCCCAGGGCUACCGCAUGGAGAAGCCACGGAACUGUGAUGAUGAAGUGUACGAGCUGAUGCGGCAGUGCUGGCGUGACCGCCCCUACGAGCGCCCGCCCUUCGCCCAGAUCUCCAUGCAGCUCAUCCGCAUGCUGGAGGCCAGGAAGGCCUACGUGAACAUGGCCCUGUUUGAGAACUUCACCUACGCAGGGAUUGAUGCCACCGCCGAGGAGGCAUGAGGCUGCGCUGGCACCACGCAGAGAGGCAAUGCUGGCUCCAGCCUGCUGGGACACUGCUGGGCGGACAAGGGACUGCCUGUCCCCAUCCACGGCCAAGCGGAUAAAUGCCAGUGCCCCUUCCUGAGAGCGCCUUCCCGGCAGCAGGACUGUGCCAUCCUCUCUCUGGCUGUUACCCAGCAUGUGCCAGCCAUGCAGGCGUGCUGCAGCCACCGACACAGCCCCACGCUGCCAGGGGGUAGGCUGGGACGGCCCCCAAGGACCAGCAGCAGAUGGGCAUUUGCAGCAGAGUGGGCAGGAGAGGGGCUCUCAGGAGCCAAGGUAGGGCCACCUGAACCCACGGACACAAAUGCCCAAGCCUUGGAGCAAGAGGGGAAGCAGCGACCCAGCAGCUGCCUGCCCUGCGGCUUUAGGCUUGCAGAACUGCCAGCGGCACUGUGAGCAUUGCUGCAGCCUUGGGACAGGGCCACCCCAGCCACUGGAAGCAACCAAGGGACAGCGUUGGCUGAGCACAGCCUCCAGCUCUGCAGUAACUCUUCGGAGGGGCCAGCUCUACCUUAUGGACAAUAAACAUCGUGCAACAGGCAGCCAGGUCCAGAGGAGUGGAGAUGGGGGCCCAGGUCUGCCCCUCUGAUGACACUGGCGAACAGAAUGCAGGGCCCCAGUGGUCUGCUGCACUGUUGGGCACUCCUUGGGAUCCUGUCCCCAUUGGGGUCCUCUGAUGAUCCCCAGGGAUGCCCCAGCACCCACAGAGAAGCCCCAGGUCUCAUCAUGCUGUGGGGAUGGGUUUUCUUAGUAUCCAUCUGGGAUCUCUCCUCCUGCAAUUUAAGACCUUGUCCUGUCCCCACGGGAGAACAGACUGUGUCCUUCCUUUGUGCCGCUGCCUCUUGCAUGCUUCAAAACUGUUCCUGCAGCUUCCUCUCCAUUGGCCGCUCUUCACAGGAGUGACCCCGUUCCUCCAGAUGGUCCCUGCAGGGCUGUGCAGCUCCACACCAUUCCCACCCUGGCCAGCUGGCACCUGCCUAGCACUGUGCUGAGCCACAUCUUGCAAAGGGACCGUCACGUUCCACCAGCCUGCUUGAACAUAUGCUGCUGGGGCGAUUCUCCCUCACAUGCCGGUUCCUCAAGGAUCGCCUGGGCUCUGCGUUGACCCUCACAUGGGCAGCUUCUGCCCCAGGCCGCAGUCUCUCAUCCUGCGCUGCUGCCAUUUGUAACAUCAACAGCGGGUGGGCUUCGUCUCUGUUGGCUUGAGCUUGCUAAGCCCUAGGUGGACCAUCCAUAGAUGGUCUAGCUGUCUUCUGCAGUCCACAGGAAGCAAGGGCUGCUCCUUCGUAGCCCAGUAUCCCAGCUGAAAGAGGGGGUAUUUGCAUUUGCCCUUCUGGACAAGAGUCCUUUUUCCCCAGAAGGUGUUUCAACCCUGUCAAUAACAUUUUGAUUUCUCAUUCUGGCCUCUAGUGCUCCUUAGUGUCCACCACAGCUGUUAGCAAGCAGCCUCUCUGCCCCAUCACUAGGUCCCCAGUGAAACGGUGAUGGGGACUGACUCUCACAAGCAGCCAGAUCUGUGCCACUGACUCUGUCCCUCCUCCACCACUGGUGG